AUCUAUCCUUUUCCGGCUGUCAUUUACACCGAGGAGGAAACAUGGCUCCCCGAUAUGAAAUCUGUGUCGGUCUGAACAAAGGCCACAAGACCACCAAGCUGAAGCAGCUGCAGUACCGUGGCGAUCGUAAAGUCAAGGGAAUCCGCCCGUCUCGCACCAAGGGUAUCCAAACCAAACACACCAAGUUCGUGCGCGGUCUGGUCCGUGAGAUUGUCGGCCAUGCACCGUACGAGAAGCGAGGCAUGAAGCGUCGCCUUGGUACGCACAUCCGUGCCAAGAGGAAGCGUGAGGAACUUUCCAACAUCCUGGCCCAUAUGCGUAAGGCCGCCCACAAGUAAGCCAGUUCUUGUGUGUGUAAGGAACUGUUUUGUUC